GUCGAGGCCAGCCAGAGCAUGAUCCGCGUGGUGGGGCUGAGCGCCACGCUGCCAAACUACAAGGACGUGGGGGCAUUCCUGAGGGUGGCCCCCAGCGGCCUCUUCCACUUCGGGCCCGAGUUCAGGCGGGUGGCGCCUGUCCCGCUGGCGAUGGAGUUCCUGGGUGUCAGCGUGACCAACAUGGCGGCGCGCACCAACCUCAUGAACGAGAUCUGCUACAACAAGGUGGUGGACGCCCUGAAGCGCGGCAAGCAGGUGAUGGUGUUCGUCCACAGCCGCAAGGAGACCGGGAAGACCGGCCGCGUGCUGGCGGAGAUGGCCGCAAAGCAUGGUGAGGAGGCCCUGUUCCUGGGUGACGACCACCCCCAGUACGGCAUGGCCCUCAAGGAAGUGCGCAAGUCGCGCAACCGUGAGCUGGCGGAGCUGUUUGACAGCGGCAUGGGGCUGCACCACGCCGGCAUGCUGCGCGGCGACAGGAGCCUCACGGAGCGCCUCUUCUCAGACGGCAUCAUCAAGGUGCUGUGCUGCACGGCCACCCUGGCUUGGGGCGUCAACCUGCCGGCCCACACGGUCGUCAUCAAGGGCACGCAGUCCGCGCCACCUGAGAAAAACUCAGGCGGUUAA